AUGGUCAACGAAAAGGCAUUGAAGCCAUGGCUUCGACCGGCACCAAGACCGUAUAUUCUCCAAAACGCUUCGAUAGUUGAUGUAGCGCAUGGUUCAAUUCGGGCGAAUGUUGAUGUUACUAUUAUACGUGGAAAGAUACACUCCAUUACGCCAUCUUCUUUUCCAUCUCCUCCUCGAACAGGCUAUAUACAGAUCGAUUGCACCAGCCUAUAUCUUUGUCCAGGAUUGAUCGAUUGCCAUGUUCAUCUAGUCGCGACGCCUGGAUUUGACAACCUAGCUGCUGCAUUCGGCAAUCCAGAAUCUGUGAGUCUUCUACGCCAGCCAUAUGUCUGCGCACAGAUGCUACACCGAGGCUUCACAACCGUCCGGGAUUGCGGUGGUGCUCAUACGGCGAUCAAGGAGGCAAUCGAAGAUGGCGUAUUUCCUGGUCCUCGACUGUUUAUCGCGGGUCACGCGCUCAGCCAGUCAGGAGGCCAUGCAGAUUUUCGUAACAAACAUGAUCUCUCUGCUUGUUGUGGAGGUGCGCACGCUGGGCUCGGUCGUGUCUGCAACGGCGUCGCACAAUGCAUGCAAGCUGUUCGAGAAGAGAUCCGAUGUGGAAGCGAUUUCAUUAAAAUCAUGGGCAGUGGAGGUGUGUCUAGUCCCACGGACAAGAUUUCACACCUGCAGUUCACGCCAAAGGAGAUCCGAGCCAUGGUAAACUGUGCAAAAAAUGCUGGUACCUAUGUGACAGCACAUGCAUAUACUCCAGCGGCAAUCCGCCAUUGUAUUGAGAAUGGCGUUCAGGGCAUCGAACACGGUAAUUUUCUCGACAAAGAGACGGCCGUGUUGAUGGCAGAGCAUGAGGCGUUCCUGACACCAACAUUGGUCACUUACGACCAGAUGGCUGCGCCUGCUUGGGAAGGUUUUCUGCCGCGAUCGGAACAGUCGAAAAACACAGAAGUACUCGAAGCUGGUCUAGAAGCUCUCAAAAUUGCCUCUGAAGCGGGUGUCAAGAUGUGCUUUGGGACUGAUCUGUUGGGUCCGUUGGGCGCAGCUCAGACCCAUGAGUUUGCCUUGCGCUCCAAAGUGCUGACCCCGUUGGAGGUUCUGCGAAGUGCAACAUUGAAUGCUGCCUCAAUGAUGGACCAAACGAAUAGUUUAGGCCAGGUGGAGGUAGGCUUCGAGGCUGACAUUCUAUUCCUAGCUUCAAAUCCACUGGACAAUGUUAAAAUCCUUGACGCGCCAGAAACCUACGUGAAAGGCGUAAUGAAGGAGGGUCGAGUAUAUAAAAGUCGUUGGAGCGGUCUAGCGGAAGAUGCCAACAUGCCAAUUAAAAUUGGUGCAUCCUUGUGAUGCUAUCGUAGGGUCGAAUAAGUUGGAAAUAUUUGAUUCAAGCCUGCUCUGAGUGUAUAUAGCAUUUUGUGGAUUGAGCUGAAAGUGUGUUGAGUUCAGCAGAAGUCUAAUUCAAACGCGUC